CCAAGCCCUACCCAACGCUCCCAAUUCACCACGUCGCAUGCCAGACAGCGCACUCCUGUCGGCGUUCACCGCCCAGACCAAGUCGCCUUCACCAACGGCUCGCACGCCCAUCGUCAUCGCAAUCUCCUGCACCACUCCAUUCGCCGACCGUGCCCUGUAGCCUGGACCGCCCCGUUCUGCAAAACUCUACGCGACUUCACGCGUCAAAGCGUCUGGAGAGACUAUACAAGGUCUCUAGGGACGUCGGCCGCCUCGCAUGUAAUGGCAGCAGCGCGCCGACAGCCGUCCAUGCAGAUUUUUCAGGAUCCCGUACCACCUGAGGAUCCCCACCAGGCCGCCCCCUACGAUCCGCGCUAUCUCGACGCCUUUGUGAGCAUCGUGGACGUGUCGAACGACUCGCACACCCUCCUCGCCCCGCCAGACGCCUUCACCACCGAACCGUCGCCACGCAAAGGGCGUCACCUCUCCAGCUCUCCCACACGCAACGUGCUUGGCAAGAAGGACGUCAACCUCCCACCACCGAGAGAGCAGCGUUUCCGCACUGACGCGCCCAUGAAGAAGGCGCACCAGCCCGGGCAUCCGCACACGAUGGCUCCCGUACAGUGCUGGAACAACCUGCCGUCGUCCCAGAUGAACAAGGAGAACGCAUACGCCUACCCGGAACCCAAAAUGGCCGCCAUGGCAGCGGCAGAGCCACCGGUAAAACACGCCGCCAACAACAAACGCGCCCUCACGGACGCAGCACCAUUGCGCGACCGCAGCAAGAAGCAGAAGGUCGCCAAGGAUAUCAAGGUCGAAGAAACAGAAGGACCCCUCCCUGAGCCAGACGAGAUGCCCACUGUCGAGGAUGAUGGCAACAAGCCGUCGUAUAGCUACGCGAUGCUCAUUGGAAUGGCCAUUCUCCGUGCGCCAAGUCGACGCCUCACAUUGGCGCAGAUCUACAAAUGGAUCUCAGACACAUUUGCAUUCUACCGCAACUCGCAAGAGACAGGGUGGCAGAAUAGCAUCCGUCACAAUCUCAGCCUGAGCAAAUCAUUUUCGAAACAGGAGCGACCGAAGGAUGACCCUGGAAAAGGCCACUACUGGGUCAUCAACGCCGGCUUCGAGAAGCAGUACCACAAGGUCAAGCCCACACGCCGUUCCACUAACCCUGAGAGUUUGGUUCCGGCAUACCCCAGCGACCUGCCUCGCCCGUCCACGUCAACGUCUGCUAGCUUCCCGCCUAUGAGCUCGACCAAAGGCUUCGACUCGAGCAGAUUCCCUGAGCCAGAGGAGAAUGACCUGCCAGACUCGGAUGCCACCAUUCCGUGCUCAGACCCUGCUGCCCACGACGGACAUGACUCAGUGAAUAUGCCACCGCCGCGUGCAUUGCCGUCCUCGCCACCACCUGCUGACAUUCAAUCGUCUCCACCGCCGCCUGUCUCACGUUCGCGAUCUGUUCGCGAGGAUACUCCUCCACGUGGACCUCGCUUUCCAUCCAACAGCAGCCGAUCAGGUGGACGCCGACGUAAGUUCAAUGGUCUUGGCGACAGCGGUUACUACUCUUCCAUUGAGUCAUCAGCGAUCAAGGGUAACCCGCUCGGACCACUCCUCACUUCCGAGGCUGAUCUUGAUCGCCCAUCCAUCAAGAAGGGACGUGCGGAAGAGGAAAUUGCCCGGAUUCGUGGCUCCUCAUACGACUCUCCUUCCAAGCCCAGGCCUUACAUGAGACAGCCUAAUGCUGCCCAACCUAUCUCGUCGCCCUUUCGCUUAAGCGAGAAGCCCGGAAACCCGCUCACCCCUGCCAUCGUCUUCAAGCGCCCUGCUUUGCCACCUGCAUCCGCAUCGCCAAAUACCAACCUGCGCAACCACAGGAACAAGAUGCGCGAACUCGUUGGAGGAUCGCCAGACAAGAACCUAGCUAUGUGGGCUGAUACAUCCUUUCUGGAUGCCAAGGGUUGGAGUCCCGCUAUUUCGAUCCCUAACGAAGAGCAAGUUAAUCUUGUCAGCGAGGGUUUCGAAAGCACAUUCGAUAUCUUUGGUGACUUCGGCUACAAUGAGAGCCCACUGAAGCGCAGUGUUGGCAAGCAGCGACCACGCAUGGAACGCGCUGUCACCACAAGUGGUGUCCUCGCUGACAUUACUGGCUCUAAGAGUAACUUUGUGAACUCGCCCACUCCCAACUGGAAGAUGGCGUCCUCUUUCCUCAACAUCCCCAACCUAUCGCCGCUCAAGGGCAUGUCGCCGCUCAAGGCUCCCCAGCUGAGGCCUCCGACAUCCACCGCGUUGGCUGGCCUGGGUCUUUCUCUUGGCGGACCAAAUAAGGAGAACAAGCUCACCGGCCUUAUACCUCCAGAGUCCUACAGCGCCCCUUCAACACAGCAGCAGAGCAAGGAUGAUGAUGACAUCUUCCACCUUCUGCACAGCGAUGAGUCUGAGCCGGGUAUCGACCUGCUGCAAGGGUUCGAAAAGAUUGGUGCGCGACCGUCCGCUGUCGCCCCCAACGGCUCACCCAAGAAGCUGUCGAGACCUGGUCUCGCCCGCAGCAACACUGUUCGUUUUUAAGCUAAUGAUGCACAUGAGCAGAAAGCGAUCUUUCGGCCCGGGUCAGUCCAGGCUUGAGCAUUGUCACGAAGUUGCAGCCGCCUCGCAAGGCUGGCUCCUCGUGAUCUUGCAACACAGCCAGGUUGAUGUACGCGUCGAAGGUGAGCUAUGCUGUUCAGAUGUG